CUGAAGCGCCAAACAAGAACAGCAGCGUUACGGUAAGAAGAAACUGACGGAAGCAGAGAAAGCGGGUAUUUCACAACACAUCGUCUCUAAAGAAAACGCAAUUGAAAACGACAUGCUUUUCCUUCUCGUUACCUGAAAGCAACCGCUGCAGCUGCGUCCCUCUGCUCCCGUAUCUGUUUAGUAGCAGCAAAUAUUCUAUUCCAUUCUAGAGAGAGAAACAAAAGCAAACAGUUUUUUAUUUUAUAUAAACACAACCUUUUAGAGAGAGAAAAAGCAGCAGAAAGUAUCAAAAUACCAACAUUUAAACUGAAUUAUAGAUAUAUUGGACGUUGAAGGAGAAUGACAGGGGAGGCGAUUUCGGUUCAGGAGAAUGAGAGGGCUAAAGGUGUGGAUCUGGAGACUUCUGAGGACGAGAAACGAAGAACCAAGGUUAGAUCUCUGAAGAAAAAGGCAAUGAGUGCAUCAAACAGACUCACGCAUAGUCUUAGGAAGCGCAGCAAGCGCGUGGCGGAUUGUCGAUAUGCGGCGAUAUCGAUCAAUGAUGUUCGGGACGCAAAGGAGGAAGCCGCUGUGAAUGCGUUUCGCCAGACAUUGAUAGCAAAAGACCUCCUUCCUUCUCGCCAUGACGAUUAUCAUACCCUAUUAAGGUUUCUAAAGGCUCGAAAGUUUGACCUUGAUAGAACUCUCUUAAUGUGGUCAGAAAUGCUCAACUGGAGGAAAGAGAAUGGAGUAGAUUCUAUCAUACAGGAUUUUGUAUAUGAUGAAUAUGAGGAAGUUCAACGAUAUUAUCCUCAUGCUUACCAUGGUGUUGACAAAGAGGGUCGACCUGUUUACAUUGAAAGACUUGGCAAAAUUGAACCUAGCAAGCUAAUGAGUGCCACCACAGUGGAUCGGUUUCUAAAAUAUCAUGUUCAGGGAUUCGAGAAGACUUUUUCUGAGAAAUUCCCUGCAUGUUCUAUUUCAGCCAAGAGGCACGUAGAUUCUACAGUAACAAUAUUGGAUGUGCAUGGCCUGAAUUGGGUGAGUUUCGGAAAAGUUGCACAUGAUCUAGUUAUGCGCUUACAGAAAAUCGAUGGUGACAACUACCCUGAGACAUUACAUCAGAUGUUCAUUGUUAAUGCUGGCAGUGGAUUCAAAUUUCUAUGGAACACAGCAAAAAGCUUUCUUGACCCAAGGACUACUGCUAAGAUAAAUGUUUUAGGCAAUAAAUUUCAAAAUAAGUUGUUGGAAAUUAUAGACUCAAGCCAAUUGCCAGAUUUUCUUGGUGGAUCUUGUUCAUGCCCAAAUGAAGGUGGUUGUCUUAGAUCUGACAAGGGACCUUGGAAUGAUCCAGAAAUAAUGAAACUGGUACAUGCUGGAGAAGCAAUGUACUUAACAAAAAUGAAGAGUUUUUCUGAUGAUGAUGAUUUUGAAAUCAAGUUGUUCGCCUCUAAGGUUUCCAGAAGCGAAAUAUCUUCUGCUGAUUCAGGAUUGGAUAUAAAGCCAAAUACCUCAGGCUUCAUUCAAGAAAUGCCACUUUCUGAGGAAGGAAGAACGGCUGAUCAUGCUUCUGUCUGCAGUCUGGUUGAACACAUCCCAGCAAGGAUUGAAGAUUCUAGUUUGACAAAUAAUUCUACCAAUGACGUCAGCACAAGAAUGGUGCAAAAUAGAUUCAUUCCCCAUGUAACAAGUUAUGUAGUUUACUUCAUGUUCAAAUUGCUAGCAUGGAUAUAUCUUCUACUUCCAAGGAUGGGGAGAGUGUUUACAUCUAGACGCACAGAGAGACCAUUACCAAGCCAACCCAACCUACCACUUGCAGAUUCAACUUCUCAAGAGCAACACAUUCCACGGGAAACGAAAGAGGAAAUAGUUCAUCCAUGCUUUCAGAGGCUGCAAAAUUUAGAAGCAAUGGUAAAUGAGCUGGUUAAUAAACCGACCAAAAUUCCUCCUGAGAAAGAGGAUAUGCUUCUUGAAUCAUUGAGUCGGAUUAGAUCUAUAGAAUACGAUCUACAGAAGACAAAGAAAGCACUGCUAGCAACAGCAUCAAAACAGGUGGAAUUGGCUGAGUCACUGGAAAAUCUUAAAGAAAGUGCUUUAGCUGGAGUAAACUCUUGUUGGCCAAGAUACUGCAAACCUUUUCCCCCAGAAAGAUGAGAUGCAAUUUUUUUUAAAGCAAGUUUGCCAAUGUUUCCGUCGCACAUGCCUUGUCAUUCUCAAGUAUUCAGAUAUUGCCAGAUACAAAUUAGCUUUAGCAGAUUCAAAUGGAUGAGCACUAUAGGUUCUUAGCUUAUAGAGGAAAAGAAUGUCUCGCUCUUCCCCUGGCCAUGGAUUUCAAGCUAUUUCAGAUAAGCAACAGAACACGACACUCGUGUACCAUAUUCAUAUUUCUCUGUACAUAGCGUGACAAUAUUUUUUCCCCCCUUUUCAGACAGACAAAAAUAUAACCACAUUGAUACUUGAAAACCCGAAGCUCAUUUUGGAAAGAGCUUUAUACCUUUUUUUUUUUUUUUUUUUUUUUUUUUUUUUUUUUUUUUUAUAUACCUUUUUU